AAAAUGCGUCAUACCCUGUGGGGCUCCGUCAGACAGAGGCUGGAAUUCAAACAAUGCGCCAAGAUGGUUUUCUGUAAAGGAAGUGACGCACGGGGCAAGCCGUCUAUAUGCUCCGCGUUCUACGUGUACUCUCUGGCCCAGCUGCCGGCGGGUCUGAAUUGGAAGAUGGCUGCAGUGGAGCGUACGCCUGUUAAGGAAGGAGUCCGGAUCGCGUUGCUUUGUCUAUGUUGGUAUACCGUCAGCUCUGGAGGAAACGUCGUCAACAAAAUCAUUUUAAAUGGAUUUCCCCAUCCUGUCACCGUCUCGCUCUUUCACAUUUUAUCUAUUGUCGUCUUCCUGCCACCUUUACUGCGGGCAUGGGGAGUCCCAAAAACUGAACUGACUGGGAAAUACUUCCGAUGGUAUAUUCUGCCUUUAGCUUUUGGAAAAUACUUUGCGUCUGUGUCCGCUCACUUCAGUAUAUGGAAGGUUCCAGUGUCCUACGCUCACACAGUCAAAGCCACAAUGCCAAUAUGGGUCGUCUUGUUGUCACGAAUCAUCAUGAAGGAGAAGCAAACGACAAAGGUGUACCUGUCCCUCGUACCCAUAAUCGGGGGUGUGCUUCUGGCCACCGUGACCGAGCUAUCCUUCGAUCUCUCCGGGCUGAUCAGUGCCCUUGCUGCCACCCUCUGCUUCUCCUUGCAAAACAUAUUCUCCAAAAAGGUUUUGCGAGACACACAUAUUCACCACCUACAGCUUCUCAACAUCCUUGGAUUCUAUGCGGUGUUCUUCAUGGUGCCCACCUGGGUACUGGUGGACUUGCCUGCGUUUCUUGUGGAUGCAGACUUGACGGAAAUGUCCAACUGGACUGGGACCCUCCUGCUCCUCUUCCUGAGCGGGUUCUGCAACUUCGCCCAGAAUGUGAUCGCCUUCAGCGUGCUGAACCUGGUCAGCCCCCUCAGCUACGCUGUGGCCAACGCCACCAAGAGGAUCAUGGUCAUUAGCAUCUCACUCCUGCUGCUGCGCAACCCCGUCAGCUCCUCUAACAUGCUGGGCAUGCUAACAGCCAUCCUGGGGGUCUUCUGCUACAACAAGGCCAAGUAUGAUGCAAACCAGGAGGCCAAGAAGAAGCUACUCCCAGUCUCCAAGCAAGACAUGAUGUCCUUCGAGCACGUGAGCACGGGGUUGGAGAAGAUGCAGCCCAACGGUACGGUGCCUUUCCCGCACGGGCCGGACGUUCAGUACGGCCGGAGUAACGUUCUCACCGACCACUUCCAGUACAGCCGACAGGCCUACACGAUGGGCUACGGGUCCAACCAGUACGACGUAUAGGCCGGACCGGUGCCGGGUCGCUGAGACUGUUCGAUUACCCGUUUCCUGUGUGUGUGAAUGGUCCCCUGUGCUGUCCAGACCUGCUGUGGGGGGAACGGAGGGGGAACACCGAGGCUUUGGGCAAUGAAAGGGGCAGACCUGCAGAUUCUCACAGAGCGAGAAAGGCCGUUUGUCUUGACAGGUUCCCCUCCCCUCCGAUUCCUUUUUCUCAGCUUUUAAACACAAAGAAAACAUCUGGUGAACUGUGAACUUUUCCCUUUGCUUUUUUUGUCGCGCAGACAUUUUCUCCUUUUGCUGCAGAAAUCAUCGUUGGCACGGAUGUUGCGCUAAACUGGUCGUCUGCAGUAUUUUCAGCCCAGUUUCCGGUCGGGUUGAACAGACUUUCUCAUGUGGUGUAAGUGUUAUAAAAGGUUAAAGUCUUCUCCUUCUCCAAGGCCCCCUACUUGUUACUGAUGUUUGCAGAUUUUAUUUAAUUUUUUUGUUCAUCUAGUCAUAUAAUGGAAGUAAACUUGGUUUGUUUUCCAACUGCAUUAUUUUCUGUAAAUGACAAAUGGCCAAAGUGUUAAGAUUUAGGUGCAGAUAUUCAGGAUGUCAACAUUUAGCAUGAUAUUAAACAUGCAUCUUUGUUAGUGCUCGACUUAUUCAGUUCAUAUUCAAAGAACUGACAGGAGAUCAUGCUUGCUCUGUGUGUUUUGUGGUUAUACAGUUAUUUUAUCAAAUCUCUACUGAAAAUGAUGCCCAAACAUUAUACAUCUAAAAGGGUCAGUGGCUGAAUUAGCCGUGUUUAGGAAUGUCCGCCAUUUUGAAAUGUUAUUAUAUAAUGGGUCAGUUUCACAGACACAGAUUAAGCCUACUCCUUGACUAAAUUCAAUUUUGAAUAGAGGAUCUCCAAACAAACUGGCCCAUUGGUUAGCAGAGCUGUACCCUGUCACCUCACCCUCACCCUGACCCUGUCAAAGACCCGUGUCUGAGUCCAAUGUCACUGUAGAUAUUCAGUUUCACAUCUAUUUAUUAGACUCAACUAGUCAUUGCACUACUGAUGUAAUGAUGACUACUGGAAAUUGAAACAAUAGAGAUCUCGAACCCUGACUAAAAAAUAAAUAAAAAAUAAAAACUAUUCUGCAAAGGGAUGACAAACAAAUUCAGUACCAAGUGUCUCAUGUGACUGGUUUAAUGAAGCAAGCUUCCCACAGUGACAGAAUGCUAUGCUACCCCAGGUCAUUCGGUGUGGCCCUAUAGUGAACUAAAUGAGAUGGCAAACAUGCUGAUUUAUCCCAUGGGUGGUUCAGGUCUGUUCUGCUCCUCAUUGCAGAUAUGGUCUUGGGUCCUGUUUGCCUUGGUUUAUGUCUGCUUACGGUCCUACGUGUUGGUUCAUGGUCACGUACUUGCCUGUAUAUUACUUGGUUUUUGACGGGUCUCCAAUGACCUGUGGUCUGCCAUUGCUUGAGUCUUUGCAGAAAUGGGAUUUUCUUUUCACCACACUGUUAUAAAAAAAAUAAUGAUAACCCUAUCAGAGUAAUACAAAACUGCACAAUUAGACCAGGUGUUUCAUUUUAUUUUUCAUGUGGAAUGCUGUUUCCCACAGCUAGUAAGUCUGACCCGUUAGAAUUCUUCUUUGCUCUGUUAGAAUGAUGACUGGCAUGGCACGCACAAAAUAAUCUCUGCUGUUCUCAUUUGUCAGAACUUCACCAGUCUAGAUGAGGGUCAAAUGUAAAUGUCAUUUUUAAUUGUGGCAUACCACAGAACAGUACUCCCUUAAUUCUUUUGACAUGUUUCAUUAACUCAAAGGGUUCCUUGUUCUAACCUGAAAUCAACAAUCUUUAUGCUUCCUCCUAUUUUUUGUACAAAGGAAGGUUUAAUUAUCAGGCUGCUUAAUUUUUUUUUUUUUACCAAUAAAUUAGUACAAAUCGGUGCAAUAAAGGCACCCUGCAUGGUGCAAUUAGAAAAGCAAUGGGAUUCUACAAGUCUCAGACUUGGAGCUAUAGCUUUAAAAAAAGUAGUAGAUUCACAUUGAGACUGAUUGGUUAGUACUGCAGUAAUUUGUCAUAUUUUAAACCUUAUUCACUUUCCUACAUUGUCAUUGAAGGCCGCUAUAACUGAGAAUCUGCUCAUUGACAUGUAAAGCUACAGUACCGGUUUGUGCGCGAGUGUGUGUGCAUCGGUAUACUCCACCUGCCGCACAUAUUUUAGGCAAUGGCACAAAUAAGCAACAGUUGAUAAAGGAAGCUUAGACGGGCUCUGUCGUCCAAAUUAAGUCCAAUGCGGCCUUGUUGUGUUGUUUGUAUGCAUGGAGUGUAUAUAUGUACAGUUUCGCUCGUGUAAAUAUGCGGUUUUGCCGAUUUUUAUUUAUUUUUAUUUUAUUUUAUUUUCCCGAAAAAAAAAGAUCAGCUUUAUUGUCGCGAUGUUUGAAGGGUUGACCCUUGGUAUAGAUAUAUAUUUAUUUAUAUUUUGUCGGCACCAACAUUUCAGUGAAUGACUGGUUUUCUCGAUUUUCAAAGAUUUGACAGAUUGUCCAGGUGAAUGUCUGAAAUAUUCACAAAUCAAUGAACUCUAAGGCCAGUUAGUAAUGUAUACAUUUCAGGAAUUGUUUCAGACAGACGUUAAUCUUUGUGCGCCUUCAUUUUGCACGUAUGAGGACGAGAAUAAAUUAAUUAAGUAAUGCACCCCUCUUAAUUACAAACAAUACAGGAUCCGGCAGGCAGGUCGUAUUGCUAAUGAUAUUGGUCUCAUUGCUGUUGCAACCAUCAAUUUUCAGAAGUGAACAUCAACAUUGCGUACAUGAAGCGUUUUCAGGAAAAGACGAGUUAUUAUUGCUGUUUAUAUUACUUUUAAAUGGUGAUCAGUCUCUCUCAAUGUGAAAAAAAAAAACACAAAAAAUGUGAGUGAACUGAAGCCAUUGUUUACCAUUAUCCUCCCCUCAAAGUUGCUUUUAUACCUUUUUUCAUGUGAAAUGUAUUCGGGCGUCCAAUGUCCGAGUAAAAAAAACACACACAGACCAAAAAAAAAACGUUUGGCAAAUACAUUAUCUAAACUGUGCAUAUACUGUUUGAAACCUCAACUGUAUGAUGUGUAGCUAUUUGCAAACAUCUUAUUCAUUGUAUAACUGAAAGUUGUAUGUUGCAGAACUCUACGAUUCCGACGUCUGUUUCAGGACAUGGCAUACUAAAUCUUUUAUAUUAAAAAUGACUAUUAAAUUAACUUCUGAUCAAAUGGUCUCAUUAGUUCCCUAGAUUGAUUGCAUUGACCACGGUUACAUGUACGCAAUGUUUCAAUUUUAAAUGCAAAUUCUUAUCAAUUUCUUACAUCGUUAGUUUGAGUCCGUUUUACACAUUGUGUAACGGACUUCACCGAGUAUCUCCGUCGUGACGUUCCCAUUCGCCUACCGCAUUAUAUUUCAACACGUGCGCUUGUGAGCGCUUACUGCAAACGUACUACUGGUUACUCUGAUCAAUAGACCUAUGUGUCGCUCGCUACAUGCCUGAUAUUCCAGGUUAUUCUGAGUACGUAUGAGCAACAUCUCAUAUUCCACUACUGAUUUUAGGGGUACAAUACUGCAUUAUUAUUAGUAUUGCAUUAAAUAAUAUGUUUAUAUUGUCACUUUAUAUUCGGAAUGUAUGUGUAGGAAAAGGCGAGAUGGUGUAUCUGCAUGUAAGCGUGGUUUUUGUGAGAAUUUUAAGCAUCUUCGUCAUUUAAAAAUAGCGAUUCUGGGACUUUUUUGUCAUUAAGUUUGUUUCUAUUUCCUGGAAUGUACAUUAUUUGCUGAUAGUAUGGUUUUUUUUUAAUGCUAUUGUGCAAAAUGCAGCUUUAAGUUUGAUUUUGUUUCAAAGAAAAGCAAAUAGUAUUUUUAUUAAACCACAGUUUAUAGAUUUUUAUUUACAUUGUCUGGGUACUUAAAGUUGUGUAAACCAGUGCAUCGGUGCGCUGAUCUCUGCUUCAGUUGAGUAAAAUACAAAUUUUGUCAAAAUAAAUGAUGAAUGCAAAA